CACACGAUGGCAGAGACCGCGCCAGCAGCCGCCGCUCCUCCUCCCGCCGAAGCGGCCGCCAAGUCCAAGAAGCAGCCGAGGAAAUCCGCCGCGGCAGGGGGCGCCAAGAAAAGCAAGAAGCCGUCCGGUCCCAGCGUGUCCGAGCUCCUGGUCACAGCCGUGUCCGCCUCCAAGGAGCGCAGCGGGGUGUCUCUGGCCGCCCUGAAGAAGGCUCUGGCUGCCGGAGGAUGCGAUGUAGAGAAGAACAAUAGCCGCAUCAAGGUGGCCAUCAGGGCUCUGGUCACCAAGGGGACCCUCACCCAGGUGAAGGGCAGCGGCGCCUCCGGCUCCUUCAAGCUCAACAAGAAGCAGCAGGAGACCAAGGACAAGGCGGCGGCCAAGAAGAAGCCAGCGGCGGCCAAGAAACCUGCAGCUACUGCGGCCAAGAAACCCGCUAAAUCCCCGAAGAAGCCCAAGAAGGCUCCGGCCAAGAGCCCGAAAAAGGCUAAGAAACCAGCCGCGGCCAAGAAAGCAGCCAAGAGCCCCAAGAAGCCGAAGGCUGCCCCCAAGCCCAAGAAGCUGGCCAAGAGUCCGGCUAAGAAGGCGGCCAAACCCAAGGCUGCCAAGAGUCCGGCUAAGAAGGCGGCGAAAGCCAAGAAGUAACCGGCGCCGCCCGCACCUCUCCUCCAAAGGCUCUUCUCAGAGCCGCCACCUCCUCCUCAGA